AAGAGUACAAUCCAGACAAGCCUUCUCUUUCUCACUCUCUCUUCUCCUCUCCUGUUUAUCCAAUCGAUCUCUUGGCGAAAGGGACUGUAGGGGAAGAGCGAUUGAGAACAGGGAAGAGCAGAGCUACCCACAUGGAUUCCUCAAUUCUUCUCUCUGAGGCUCUCGUUGCCGCCCGGCUCUGCUCUGCUGCAUCAUCCUUUCCGACCCUUCGACACCAGCUGCCUUGCCUCCUAUCUUCUCCCUGCCCUCGGCUACCCUCUCUCACUACUUCCCUUUUUCGUCGCCAAGAUGCUUACGACCGCUCUGCCCAUCUUCGUAAGCCCUGUGCUAUUUCUGGAAGCGGGGCUUUGGUGACCAACUCCGUACCGCCAAGAAACGGAGUAUAUACAGUAGGUGAUUUUAUGACCAAAAAAGAGGAUUUACAUGUUGUAAAAGCUAACACAACAGUUGAUGAAGCAUUGGAGGCUCUUGUUGAGAACAGGAUUACGGGUUUUCCUGUGAUUGAUGAUGACUGGAAAUUGGUUGGUGUAGUUUCUGAUUAUGACUUGCUAGCACUGGAUUCCAUAUCAGGUAGUGGACGAGCUGAUACAAACAUGUUUCCUGAAGUUGAUAGCACUUGGAAAACGUUCAACGCGAUACAGAAGUUGCUCAGCAAGACCAAUGGGAAGGUUAUUGGUGAUGUGAUGACACCUGCCCCACUUGUUGUUCGUGAAACUACCAACCUUGAAGAUGCUGCCAGAUUGUUGCUGGAAACAAAGUACCGUCGACUCCCUGUUGUUGAUAGCGAGGGCAAGCUUGUUGGAAUUAUUACUAGGGGAAAUGUUGUUAGAGCUGCUCUUCAGGUAAAACGUGCCGGCGAAAGGACGGAAUAAACCCCUUCUUAGGAAGGAUGUUGAGGUGAACCACUCCGGCAGAUCAUUGGAACAUCUCUGGCCUUCAUCCAGCUUUCCCAAAGGAAUUUGUUGGGCCAAGUAAGGCACUCUAACAGACAGCAACUCAGCUCUUCCACUAGUAACCUCUGUUCUUUAUGUAUGUAUAAUCUUUAGUUAAAUAUUAGCGUUUUAGAUACGGCAUUUUCUAUAUGUAUUUGAUUGAUUGAGAGAGAGAGAGAGAGCGAGAGAGAGAGAGAGAGAGACUGUAUGUUUGGGUGGGGGGUGGACCUUAUCCAUAUAGUUAGAGAGGGCUUGAAUAAAUCUCACUUUUGGAUCUCAA